CAAAGGACUCCUGGGCUCCAUCCCCAGCUCUAUCCCUGACUCUCAGUGCAACCCUGAGGCAGCGGCUUCUCCUGCCCAGGCCUCUGUUUCCAUCAGUGGGGCUGGGAACACUGGCCUAGAGCCCUUGGGCCGUCACACUUCAGGAAUGCGCGUGAGGUACUAGGAGAUCUUGAGAUGGGAGGUUUCCUGUUGGCCGUCGGUCAGUGUUGUGACCCCCCCACACAAAGCUGUUAGCCUGAGUUUCUCCAUCCCCUGACAAUAAAACAUCAUUUUGUUUUCACAGCCACUUUUGAUCUCCUGGCUUCUGCCCCAUGCUCUGCUGGCAGGGCAUUGUGCAGCACCCUUUCCAGCCCACCUGGGUGUGGGAGACCGAGGAGGAGGGUAAAGAAAGGAUCAUCCAGCUCCAUCCCAUCUAGAGCAAUAAGUGGAGCUCUCCAGAGCCAUCCUCAGUGUGGUGGAAAUAUCCCACCAAUAGGGCUGCCAGCCUGUCCCUUGUCAGAGUUUGUUGCCCAGGUUGAGGGUUUCUGUGCCCUGGGGUGGGAUGUGAUGGGAGGAGAAAUUGCCUCAGCAGAGGGGAGGUGGGCAGGGGAGCAGGCAGGCCCAUUAAUGAGAGGCUGCUUUGAGGCCAGACUCAUGGCUGCUCCCCACUCAGUUCCAGGAUGGAGCGGCUGAAGCAGAUGCUGAGGAGGAAGGCCGGGCAGGUGGCUCCAGAGCCUGAGGGAACCAGCAGUCAGCUUGCCAGAAGGAGAGUGGCCCCUCUGUCCCCACGGGUGGGGAAGAGGCUAGUGGCCAGGCUAAACGGAGGAGCUCCUUGGCAUUCUGGAGGAGGAGGAAGACACCAUCUCCCAUAGCUGACCCUGAGGCACCUUCUGGGCCUAAAUGGAGGUGGCCCCCAGUACAGCUAUGGAGGAGAGAGCCAGGAGAGGGCAGGAGCUGGGCAAGGCAGCUCUGGGGCUUCCUUCACAGGAAGCCGAGGAGCCAGGAGCUGCGACCCAGGGCCCAGCAGGAGCCAUCCACCCCCCUGGCCACUGAGGAGCCCCCCGACCAGCCCCAGCCUGGCCACUGAGGAGCCCCCUGCCAGCCCAGAGCAGGAGAUGGGCGACUCUAGGACAAACACCAGCAGCUCUGCCUACUCCCGAGGGGCCAGCAGCUCCUCCGUGUGGUCUGACAGCCCUGAGGCUGAAGGCUCCCUCUUUGCAGAGACACCCAGUGCCCAGCUGGAGUUGGUUGAGGAGGAGGAGGAGGAUGUGUCCCCUGAACAAGACACCAUCAGGGUCAUUGAGCUGCACCUCCAGGGCAGAGAUGAGUUGGUGGAGAACAGGGCCAAACAGCUCCGCUUCCUCCAAGCUGUCCUGAGUCUGUGUUUCUCGGCACAGCAGCAGAGGCGGGACACUGUGGAGCCCCACUUUUCAAAAGCGACCCUUGUGGAGAGCAUUGAGGCUCUGCACAAGAGCUAUUUACAGAGCUUGGACACCAUCCUCAGGGGCCUGCUGACAGAAACCCCCACCUUGGACAAGCUGCAGCACCUCUUGGAGACCUCCUCCGCCUUCUUCAAGGCAGGCAACUUUGUGCUGCAGCUGGAACUCUGUGUAUCUCACCCAGCCAACAACAUCAGCCGGCAAGCCAGGGGUGGGAUAUAUUGGCUGCAGAGGCUCCUGCUGCAGAAGAGGGGGCUGAACAUCAGAGAGGCAAGAGAGCUGUGAUGUCGGGACAGGCUCCAGAACACCAAAUGCCUGGGCUACAGAAACCUGGCCAGGGUGGCAGAGGUCUUUGGAGAGAUCUUCACGGAAGACCAAAGAAGAACUUUCCUCCAGGCGGCGCUUCUGGCCAUACGCGACCGCCAGCUCUGUGUCAGCCAGGCUGGGCUGGUGCUCACAUAUUCCAUCCUGGGUGAAGCCAGCUAGCUGAUAGGGGACAAGCGGGAGGACAUUAAACCAAAGGUCAUGGCCCAGCUAUUUAACAUCAGGUGCUUGCACCAGGUGCCCAAAGGACUGCAGGGGUUGUGCUCCAUGGGACAGCCUUGAAGGGCCCCCCCUUUGCAUGACCAGAAGCUCCCACUCCCUGCCGCAGGCAGCUGUAGUUAUGGUGGAAUUGUGAAUACCAGCCAGCCCUAUGUUGUACAGCUGAAUUGGAGAAGAUUUUCCUUCAAAUAUGGUUCCUGGGGUAGGGAUUACUCUCUUCGGACUCCGCAGAA